UAGUAUAAAUUCGCAUCGUACUCAUCCGUAUUUGCAUCAGUACCUGCAGGACUCGCCUAACGAUUCGACCGAGUAUCAAUAUAUACAUACUUGCAACUCGAUUCACUGAACUCUGGAGCGCAGUUGGAUCGCUACAAUCAUGAAGAUCUUCAUUAUCACGGUAUUUGGACUCCUGGUGGUGGCCCAGGCGCAGUACAACAGGUACAACCCUCAGUACAACUACAACACCAACGGGGGUAGAAAUUGGGCGAUCCUCAAGCAGAAUCAGGACAGUUCUCCGGACGGCUCGUACGCUUACAGCUACGACACAGAAAACGGGAUUUCCGUCGCCGAGCAGGGCCAGCCGAAGAGUUUCGGGCCCGGCAACCAAGUCGAGGUGGUCAGGGGCCAGUUCAGCUACUCGGCGCCGGACGGCACCCCCAUAACAGUGACGUACUACGCCGACGAGACCGGGUUCCACGCCAGCGGGGCCCACCUUCCAACCCCACCGCCAAUCCCCCUGGCGAUCCAGAAAUCCCUGGCUUUCAACGCCGCGCAUCCGGAGCCCCAGACUCCCUACAGGAGAUACUGAUACAGUAUGCCUGUAGCAAAGACGAGGAACGGAGAACUCGCACCGAUCGCCCCGAAUCACGACCCGAUACGUAUUUUAAGUCUAACAACAAGGGUAACCACCCCCGCCCACCCCCA